AGCAGAAGGAAUCCACUCAGGCUUUCAAAAGAGAUACCACUCCAAUGCCCAAAUACUACAAAUCAUGGGACAAUUUUGAUGAAAAUGAAGCUAUCAAGGAAAUCGAAGGAGCCGAGGCUCCUGCCUUCCCGCCUGAAUACGAGGGACUGACCGAAGAAGAGAUCAAGGAAAAGGAAAAGGAGAAGUUUUUGAAAGGAACAAGCGGAGCAAAACCUAAUACGCAGAUUGUGAUUAAGGGAGGCAAUGCACCCACUCCGCAGUUGAAUAUCGAGCAUAUGAAGAAACAAGGCAAUAGUUUCUUCACUUCUCUGGAAUUUGAGAAAGCGAUCGAGUGAUACACGAAAUGUCUUAGAAUGAACCCUGAAGACAUUGGCAUGAAAGUUGUACUAUAUUCAAACAGAGCCCAGUGAUAUUUGAAUCUCAAGAAUUAUGUUGAUGCUAAUAGGGACGCUCUUUCAGCCUUACGUCUGGAUAGUGCACAUGUCAAAUCUCUGUUUAGGUACGGAACCGCCUUGUACUAUUUGAAGAAGUACAAACAAGCUAAAUUAGAGUUCAGUAAUUUGCUCAGAGUAGACCCACAUAACAAAAAUGGACAGCAAUAUCUCAGACACACAGAGGAGAAGCUGGCCAAGAUAAAACUGGAAGCUUAUGAAAAGCUAUACUUAGGAGAGAUAAUCGGAGACAGUACAAGCAUUGGCAAGAAUGUGAUUCAGGUUGAAGAAAUCAAUCUUGAUUCGAAGCUUGCUCAGAAUACUCCCAAACUUGCUGAUGCUCCUAUCGAGGAACCUGCUGCUCCUCAGGAAGAAACAUCUCCUCUUGAAAGAGAAUCUAAGACUGAAUUCUUAUCAAAGACAGAUGUCAGCAAUAUCCAUAGAGAUAAGGAAGAGGACAAGAAGAUUGAUGACUUCAUUGAGAACUCUGAAGAACAGGAAGAACUCAAACGAUUAGAACAAGAAAGGAAAAGCUCUAAAAAGGGUAAAAAGAAGCGAGGAAAAAGAAAGAAGAAAUCUAAAGAAAGCACUUCAGAUUCUGCAUUCAAGAAUGAUACUGGUGUCAAAAAUGGCGGUCAUGGGGCUCAUGUCCAGUCCAAUACUUCUGCAGAGGGUCAAACUCUCUCAAAAGAAGGUGUUCUAGAAGAAAACCAUAAAGAAGCGACCAGUGAUAGGUCUAAGAUAAAUUUUGCUUUUGGUUCAAAUGGCGGAGAAGAUGCUGAGAACCAGAAGAAGGUACUCAAGAGACAGCAUGAAAUUAUCGCUGAGCAAGAGGAAGAAUCACUAGAAGCUGAUGCUGAUGAGGAGUCAAAAGAAAUUGACAGCAUUGACCUCUCAAAUGGCCAUGAAAUCCAUGAAGAUAGAGAUACGAGUCCCUUCCAGCGGAAGAUCCGGGAGGAGUGUAAUAAAAUAAAGGAGAACAUUGUUUACAACUCAGAAGAGGAAGAUCUCGAUAUCGUAAAAAGCGAGGAGGGGCAAUUCUAUAGCAUCAGGUUCCAGAAAUCCCCAUCUGUUAGGUCCAUUCUCAAGAAGAAGGACAGUGAGAUUAAUACUGAUAAGUCAAGUGUAGUGAAUUUCGACCUGCAUGAUAAUGAAAUCAGAGAUUUUAGGAAGAACGAUAAGCUCAACACCAGAAUUUUGAAUCAACAAUUGACUGGCAGAAACUACAAUGCUGCUAAAAAUUCAAAUAAGAAGAAGGGCAAGAAGCAUAAAGGCAAAGGCAAGAAGAGGAAAAAUGUUGACGAAGAAGCCGAAUCCAAGAGGAAGAUGGAACGAGCAGAACGGAAAAGGAAAGAGAUUGCCGAAGCUGAACAACUUGCCACUAAAGGUUCGAUUAAUUUUGAUAACAUUGAAGAAAUGGAUGUUGAUGAUGAUUUUGAUUUCAAUGAUGACCUUGAAGUAUGAACUGCUCCAAAAACUACAAAGUUUCAUUCAGAAACACUUAUGGAUAUGAAUAAUCCCUUCUCUUCUGAAAGUCCACAGCAGCCAGCAGAGGAAAAUCCCGAUGUGAAGAAGUUAGCUUCGAGUCCUAAAGUUGGAGAUGGAGCAUCAAUGCCAUUUUCGGAAAAAGCCAAGCCAUUAUUGGUUGAGGAGGUUAAAUUUGAACUUGACUAUGAAGUUCCCACAAAAUCAGCUCAGUUGGAGGCAGAUAUGAGGAACAUGAGGGGAGAUUUAGCCAUUCAGCGAGCAUACCUUCAGCGCAUUGAGCCAGACAGCCUUGUCUCUAUCUUCUCCAGCUCCAUAGAACUAGACACAGUGCUUGAAAUAUGUAAGGCCUUCUCGAGUGGUUCUAAGGACUGGAUUCGUGAGAACUGAAAUUACUUGAUAAACUUCUACUCGAACCUAUCUAAGAUUGACAGGUUUGGAAUAACAAUCGAGUUCCUUUGUGAUGAUGAAAAAGAAGAUAUUUAUAAGGUCACCACUGAGCUUAAGAAAAUCGUUGAGGACAAAAAGGCAGGAGAGAAGGACAGCAAGGAAGAAACCAAGGAGCAGCUCUUGGAGAAAUUGACCAAUUUUGUUGAACUUUUCGACUAA